CCCAACCUGACAUUUAUAUAAGACCAAGCAAUUGAAAUAUGCCCAAAAAGAUAGCUGACCCGUUUACGAGUUUAUUCUCCAUCCUAUCAUGGCACCCCCCGUCGUAGUCGCCUCUCCUCGCCAUGCAGCAAGCUCCAUCGUCGGCAGCGAUACCAAUAAGACGUCCUCAAGCUACGACCAUCUUACAAUAACAUCUGCCGAUAUUGCUCUCGAGAAAGCCCUCCAUAACCUCGAUUCCCUCCAUGUGGACUACCGAACCAUUCCGCUCGAGGAUGCUUUCAACUGGAACGCCAUUGCAGCGUCCCUAGAUCCAGAUCUAUCUGGCAGAUGGUACUUGGUCGUCUUUAGAAGUAUUCGACACCCUGAUGCCGACCACGGUGCAUUGUAUGAAGCGGACCGGCUGGCACACGAGGAAGCAAGGCAAAGUGGUGGCAUUCUAAAGUAUUGGUAUGGGGAUCUGAAUCAUCGGCGAGAGUGCCUCGCCAUGUGUGUAUGGGCCAAUCGGGAGUUUGCCAAGAAAGCAACGCAUAAACCCAGCCAUAUCAAGGCUAUGACGUUGGCAGCGAGUAUGUACGAUACAUACAAGUUGGAUAGGUAUUGGUUGGUGAAGGAGAAGGGAUCGCGGGAAUUUCGAAUAGAACAAGUUGGGCACAAUGUGUAUGAAACGAGAUAAAUAUCGGCAGUUGCCUUUUAUUGUCUUUAACCGGUG